UUUCCGUUUAUAAACAGAUGGCAACACAAGAGGCCACGGACUCCCUAAAUGAAACAGUAAAGCUGCUGGCGAAAGUGGAAACCAACCUGCGCAAAAGCAAGGACGAGGUUUGGCACAUAAAAAGGACAGAUAACAGAAAGGUUCGCGUGCUUGUCAGACCGAGCAUCAUCACACUCGGGGAAAUCGACACCGUCAGACAGGAGUUUUCGGCAGACUUGUGGUUUGGGGUCUGGUAUGAGGAACCGGAACUGAAGGGAAAGAAGCGUAGAGAGGAAGUCGUGUGGCAAGACCAGUGGGCCCCACGCGUUGACCUGUUUAACGCUGUAAAAGUCGACAAACAUGAGAGGAAAUAUGACCUCAUCAUCAGGAAGGAAGAUGGUAUGCCCAUAGUCAUGAUAAGCAACAGGGUUCAAGCAACGUUUAAGGACAAGAUGGACCUUCGCAGCUUUCCUUUCGACUACCAGAACCUGACAAUAAGGUUGAUGUCCAACUGGCCCUCAUCCCAAGUGGAAUUUGCGAAGAACAUGGCCCACAAAGACACCAUAAGGACUGACAACUUUGUUGGUUCGCAGCAGUGGAAAGUGUACAAGCACCUCCUGUGUCAGCCCGGGGCCACAGCUCUGGACCAGGGAACAUCCCAGCGGCAGUACCCCCUGUACAACAUUACCAUGCACGUGCAGAGGAAAAUGGGUUUCUAUGUUUGGAACAUUGCUCUCGUGGAGUUUUUGAUCAUGUUGCUGUCGUUUACUGCAUUCUGCGUGCCCCAUGACAAGCCUUGGUCCCGUCUCAAUGUCUCCCUCACACUCCUGCUUACCUCGGUCGCUUUCAAGAGCGUGGUGACCCAGAACCUUCCAAAGAUAUCGUACCUCACGCUUCUGGACAAGUACGUACUGUUCUGCAUGAUCUUCCAAGGUCUCAUGGUCGCCCAGAACGCCCUGGCGUCCGUCUACCCCCAUACCUUCGACGAAAUCUCCAAGGCCGUUAUGGCAGUCGUCAUCGUCUUAGCUCAUUUCCUGUUCGGAGGAUACGCCUUGAUCCAGGUGCGGUAG